AUGACUCGAAGUCUAAGAUCGAAAGCCAGUUUUAAGCUUCCUCGGACGUCAAUAUAUGGAGGAGGAGGUUCGACAAAUGGUUCGUCGAGAAAUGAUACAAAUUCUGGAAAUGGGAAUGGAAAUGGGAUUGGGAUUGGGAAUGGGAAUGGGAAUAGUAUUGUUGAAAAUCAAAGUACGAGGGAAGGAUCAAAAUUCGAAGAUAUAAUACAAAUUGAUGAUAAUAAUGGUAGCGGGAGUGAUAUUAGGGUUGGGGUUAGAGGAGGAGGAGGAGCAGAUGAAGAUGAGGUUGGAGUUGGAGUUAGAGUUGGAUCGGAACUAAGCUUAAACCUUCGAAAUACGAAUAACAUGAGUAGCGGUAGCGAUAGCGAUUUGGAUCUGCAACAACAACAACAACAACAACUUCUUCAUCAACAAUUACAAUCACAUUCUCAUUCACAUUCACAAACAACUUCACAAAUAACUUCAACAUCAACACCACUUUUCAAUCAACUACCUUACACCAAUUCCAAAUUGAAUAUUAGCGAAGAGAAUAAUAAACACGAUAGUUUAUCAUCAUCGACUGAUUUUCCUACACCGAAUACAGAUAUACCAAGAGUGUUGGAAGAAGAAGAAGAAGUAGAAGAGGACGAAAAGGAUGAAGUUAGAGACGAUCCGCAAUCAGAAUCUAGAGAUGUGAAAAUUGCCAUUAAUAGUCCAACAACGACAUCACAAAGUCCUAUCAGUUCAAACAAUAGUACUACUACCGGUACCCACCAAGCUACACCUCGAAAGCCCGAUUUCUCCAGACGACAAAGUUUACUUCCUCAUCAACAAACGAAAUUAAUUAAAACUUUGUUAGGGACGGAUCUACCAGCACAUCCUCAUAUCAAUCUACCCACUGGAGGAAGUGUUGGUCUUGAUUAUUUUAAUCAUCACGGUCCUUUGUCGAUAAGCGCAACGAUGGUUACUCGAAAGCUAUGGGUUAAAAGGCCCGGUGCGUCUGCGACGUUGGUUACUAUAAAUGAGGAUGAUUUGGUUGAUGAUGUGCGAGAUAUGAUCUUGAAGAAAUAUGCCAAUUCCUUAGGAAGAAGUUUCGAUGCUCCGGAUGUUGCAUUGAAGAUUGUGCCAAGGGAACAACAAAGGCAAGAGAGGACUUUAGGACCGGAAGAGCCAAUGUGUCGAACACUCGAUGCAUAUUUUCCUGGUGGUCAAUCAGUGGAUGAAGCGUUGGUUAUUGAUGUACCUGUGAGAAGGACUCCGAAACCAUCUCCGAGGCCCAAUGGGCAUCCGGUAUAUUAUGAAGAUGGACGACCCACUGAAGCUGGAUCAGAAUACUUUCCCCCUAUGCCACCUGAGAUUCCCUCGCCAGGCUUACAGCACAGUAUCCCAGUCCCUAAUGGACCCCAACAUACAGUUCCCUUAUUAGCACAUGCUAUGUCAGUACUGACAACCGGUCAUGUACCCGCUUUACCAUCUCCAGGAGCGCCAAGAAGACAUCAUAGCUCGAGACCAAGGAUAGGACGAACUCAUACUUCCUCCCCUACAAUUAUUGUUGGACACAGUCAACCUCCUGUUGCAAACAAUGGUACGCAAUUUCAACGUGGCGCAAGAUCAAGAACUCACUCAAAUGCCUCAGAAAAAUCGACGGCUCCUCCGCCUCCUCCACCACUUCCCACUCCACCUGCCCCAAAUCAGGAACUUGCACCUCAACGAGUCGCGACCCCCCCUCCGAGGGUGAUUUCCCCUCGACCGCAGAAACGAUCGAAGAAAAAGAUUGGCGUCGAUCAUCCUUCAUUACCAGCCGGAAUGCUCAACGGAGCCGUGCCUCCAAUCAAUGUCCUCAUCGUCGAAGAUAACAUCAUCAAUUUAAAACUCCUCGAAGCCUUCAUGAAACGUCUUAAAGUCCGCUGGCAAACCGCAAUGAACGGUCGCGAAGCCGUGAACAAAUGGCGAGGUGGUGGUUUCCAUUUAGUCCUCAUGGAUAUCCAACUUCCCAUCAUGUCAGGACUCGAAGCUACGAAAGAAAUACGCAGAUUGGAGAGGCUUAAUAGCAUAGGGGUUUUUAGCAGUAGUGCGAGUAGUACUGCGCCCAAUGAGAGAGAUAUGACGGGGGAAGAACCUGCGGAGGGGGAUAAAUUGCCUAGUACGGUACUAUUCAAGAGUCCGGUUAUUAUUGUGGCAUUGACGGCUAGUUCAUUGCAAAGUGAUAGGCAUGAGGCAUUGGCGGCGGGGUGUAAUGAUUUUUUGACCAAGCCUGUUAACUUCGUCUGGCUCGAACGCAAAGUUAUGGAAUGGGGUUGUAUGCAAGCACUAAUAGAUUUUGAUGGUUGGCGCAAAUGGAAAGACUUCAGUUCCCAACAAGCGGCGGAGAAAGAGGCGGCGGAUGCAAAGAAGAAGGAUGUUCAGGGUGCCGUGAAGUUGAAGAAGAAGAAUAGGAAUAGUAUGGGGAGUUCAGUUGGAUUGGCAGGUCAAGGAGGGAGUAGUACGAAAUUAAAUUUGUUAGGGCAGGGUGGUGGGGGGAUAGGGAUAGAUGGGGAGGUGGUUGUGGCUUGA